CGCGCCUCGCUCUCGUCCGACCCUCUCCCUCAUCGAGACGCCCGCUCGCCUGCUGCGUCUUUGUUCAACACCUCCCUUCUCAGCCACCGCCGCCGCCCUCGCAUCUGGCUGCCGUGCCCGCGCGCUCGCCGCCAUGUCCGCGUCUGUCGACCUCGGCGCGCUGGCCACGCUCUUCCAGCAGACGCUCGAGCCGGCGCAGCGCAAGACGGCCGAGGCACACCUGACGCAGCUCGAGAGCAGUGCCGCCGCGUCGCUCUGCGGCACGCUGCUCGACCUCGUCGCGCAGCCCGGCGCCGCGCCCUCGGUGCGCCUCGCGGCGGCCAUCAAGCUCAAGAACAUGGCGCGCCGCGCGUGGGCCGAGGACGAGGAGAGCGAGGCCGCCGACUGCUCCCUCGUGCCGCCGGCGCAGCGCGACGUGCUCAAGCAGCGCCUCCUGCCGCUCAUCGCCCAGCUCAGCAGCGGCGCGGCGCAGGCGGCCCAGAGCAGCGCCAGCCUGCGCCUGCAGCUGGCCGACUGCGUCGCCCUCAUUGCCAACAAGGACUUUCCCGAGCGCUGGCCGACGCUCAUCGACGAGCUCGUCUCGGGCCUCGCACUGCCGCCCGGCAGCCCGGCACUCUCGGCCGUGCUGCACACCGCCCACUCCAUCUUCCGCCGAUGGCGCGCCGCGUUCCGCUCCAACGAGCUCUACACGCAGAUCAUCUUUGUGCUGGACCGCUUCGCCUCGCCGUUCCUUGACCUGCUAAAGCGCACGGACGAGGCGCUCGUCGCCUCUCCUCAGCCGCAGCCCGAAGUUGCCGCAUCGCUCGUGCUCUGCCUACAGGUCUACCACGACCUGUCGGCCCAGGACCUGCCGCCCGCCUUCGAGGACAGCCUGUCGACCUUUAUGCCUCUGCUUCUGCGCCACCUCAACCCCACCUCCGGCGACGCCUCCAGCCCCGGCGUGUACUCGCUGAACCCGGCGCUCGCGGCGCUCGAGGGCGACGCAGACGACACGAGCCCGGCGUCGCCGCAACGAGCUCGCGCAGAGAUCUGCUCCAUCGCAGAGCUCUACUCGCAGCGGUAUCUGGAUGCCUUUGGCGACUUUGUGCCGGCGUUUGUCAAGGGUGUGUGGGAGAUGCUGGGCAAUGAGGCAGUGUGCGGCAAGGGCGAGAAGUACGACCUGCUCGUGUCUCGCGCCAUUUCGCUCCUCUCGACGAUCGUGCGCAUGCCUUCGCAGCGCAGCAACUUCGAGGCAGACGCGACCCUCGAGGCCUUUGUGCAGGCCAUCAUCCUGCCCAACAUUGCGCUGCGCGAGGCCGACGAGGAGAUGUUUGAGGAUGAGCCGAUGGAAUGGGUGCGGCGCGAGUUCGCCAGCGAGGGUGGAGAGAAUGAGACUCGGCGACGAAGCGCCACGAGCUUCACUCGCGCGCUGCUGGAGCAGUUCUCGUCGCAGAUCACCGCCAUCAUCAGCCGCUACGUGGGCCAGUUCCUGCAGGAGUACGCCGGCGACCGCAGCAAGUGGCGCGGCAAGGACACGGCCGUGUACUUGCUCAGCUCCAUCGCCAGCACGGGCGGCACGACAAUGCACGGCGCGUCGUCAAUGAACAACCUCGUCGACGUCGUCCAGUUCUUCUCGGACCAUGUGUUCGAGGACCUGCAGGCCGACGCCAGCACCGUGCACCCGAUCCUGCAGGUCGACGCCAUCAAGUACCUGCACACAUUUCGGCAGCAGCUCACCAAGGAGCAGCUCCUCUCCGUGCUGCCGCUCCUUGUGCGGCAUCUCGAGUCGCAGAACUACGUCACAUGCUCGUACGCCGCCAUCACCAUCGAGCGCGUGCUGUUCAUCAAGCAGGACCGGCGUCUGCUCUUCACCUCUGCCGACGUGCAGCCGUUCGCAGAGAGCAUCCUCAUGGCGCUUUUCCGCAACAUCCAGAGCGGCGCAACGCCCGAGAAGCUGGCAGAGAACGACUACCUCAUGAAGUGUGUCAUGCGGGUCAUCUUGACGUGUCGCGAGGCGCUGGCGCCCUUCCAUCAGCCAAUUCUCGAGCGCCUGACGGCCAUCCUCGUCGAGAUCUCCAAGAAUCCCAGCAACCCGCGCUUCAGCCAGUUCUGCUUCGAGAGCAUCUCGGCCCUCAUCCGAUACGUGACGGCCGCGGAUGCCUCGGCAGUUGCCGGCUUCGAGCAGAGGCUCUCUGGGCCCUUCAUGAACAUCCUGCAGAACGACGUCACCGGUGAGACUCGCCUCUGCUGCUCGUCGUCGAAGUGGCGCUCACGCAUCGCUUCGGGCCGGCCCGCAGAGUUUGCGCCCUACGUCUUCCAGGUGCUGUCGCAGAUGCUCGAGCUGCACAAGGGCGACGCGAUGCCGCAGUCGUACGUGGCGCUGCUGCCUUCGCUCCUCACGCCGACGCUGUGGCAAUCUCGCGGCAACGUGCCUGCGCUCGUGCGUCUGCUGCAGGCCUUCCUGGCACGCGGCGGCGCCAAGAUUGCGGCAAACAACCAGAUCUCGCCGAUCCUCGGCAUCUACCAGCAGCUCAUCUCCAGCCGCAUCAACGACGAGUAUGGCUUUGAGCUGCUGCAGAGUCUCUUUGCGAACGUGUCGGCCGCGCAGAUGGACCAGUACAAGAAGGCCGUCCUCACGCUCAUGCUGACGCGCCUGCAAACGAGCAAGACGGAAAAGUUCUCGCGCGGCUUCAUUGGCUUCGUCGCCGAGUGGGCGUGCACGCAGCAGCCAGAGUAUCCGGACUACGUCGUGCUUGCCUUUGAUGCCGUGCAGCCUGGACUCUUCCCGCAGAUUUUGCAAGGCGUCAUCGUGCCCGACCUGAAGAAGAUCCCGCAGCGCCGCCGGCGAGUGGUGGCCACGGGCCUGGCGCGUCUCCUGACGCAGGGCUCGGCCAUGCUGUCGCCGCCAAACGUUGGCGCGUGGCCCGCUGCCAUGGCCGCCGUGCUGCAGCUGCUGCAGGAGCAGGCCGUCGUCUCGACGGGCGGGCAGGCCGAGGAGGAGGAGAUCUUUGCGCAGGACUGGGAGGACACGGGCUUCCAGGCCAGCUUCUCGGUGCUCGCCGCCUCGGCGGCGCCCGUGCGCGAUGCGGCGGCGCCCUUUGCCGGCGCCGAUGCGCGCGUCUUUCUCAGCCAGCAGCUUGCGGCUCUGAGGCGGCGCGAUGCCGCACAGCGCAUGGGGCUGACCCGCGCCUCUUUCCCAAAGGUGUCGCAGCUGCUCGCAGCCGUGCCGCGCGAGGUGCUCGAGCCAUUCUCAGCGUUCAUGGCACAGCGUGGCGAUGCCUGA